AUGGUUCCCCUCGGCAGUCCAGGCCGACAAUCCAGACUUCCACCGACCACCAUCUUCUCCUCACCCGCCUUCUGGAUGCGGGCAGCCUAUGCAUCUCUUUCCAACAAACCGCCAUCCCCGGUAAAGCCCGGAUCGGCAAAGACCCACAACAACGAGCGUAUGGCUGCGGACGAGGUCCAGGCCCCGUCUGUUAGCUUUGAGGGCCUAGGCAUUAGUCGCAAUAUGAAGCUGUUUUUACUGGUAAUUUUGGGUGUUUUUGGGAGUGUUGAGACUUAUUUUUGGUGUAAAGCUAUUUGGAUUUGGUGGAUUGGUGGUGAGGAGGGGGGUGGGCAGGAGUAG